UAAACGGCCCAAAACUGCAUAGAACUGUUUGGCAUUUGCAAAUAAAUAAAUAAAAUAAUGGGAAAUUCUUCCUCCCGAAAAAAAAAAAUUUUAAUUAUAAUAAAAGGGAAUCCUCAUUUUGCCUUAUCCCCUGCCUUUUCCUUCAACUUCGCCAAGCCUUUAAAAGACCAGAAAAGCGGGAGACGUUGAUGUAGUCUCAGUGAGAGGGAGAGAUGACGACUGGAGAGCGAUAGUUCGCCAGAGAGAGCUUUUCCUUAUUACUAGAUUGAGAGUAAGUUGACGGUGAAGUGUCAAGGAUAUACUUCAAAACAUGACGGAAAUGGUGCAAGAACAGAACCUGGAAAAGCAGAUAGGGAAGCAAAUGGGGUGCAUGGCAGGGUUCCUUCAGAUCUUUGAUCGCCACCAUAUUCUCACUGGGAAACGCCUAUACGCCACCAAGUGCCUCCCUCCCACUAAGAUAGUUGAUUCGAGUCCCGCGUCAGAGAAGAGUAUGGAUUCUCCAGCAAGAUCGACAGAAUCAGAGGAGGACCAAACGAGAUCAACGCCUUCUCCAGGCCACUUGAAGCAGCAGCACACUCCGGUGACGGAGUCCCAGGCCAAAUUGCAUCUUCCUCUUCCGGUAUUCGAGCUAAAAGAAGGAACUAGGUCUUCAUGGAAAUUUGGCAAAGAAGCUCCUAGACUAUCUCUUGAUAGCAGAGCAACCUUCGACGCCAAAGGAAGCCUUAAACCAAAAGAAAUCCGUACAAAUGCUGCAAUUUUAACUGUCAGUCCUUGCGAGAAGAAUGGAGAACAAACAGAUGAUAGUGAGAGGCAACACCGAUCGCCUAGUGUAAUCGCAAGGCUGAUGGGACUAGAGAAAUUACCGGAAUGGGAAAAUGAACAGGCCAAUAAACCUGAACUGCGGAGAUCUGCUUCAGAGUCCAGAGCCUCCAGAGAUCUUCUACAAUAUCGAUUCAUCGACGGCAUCAAUUUCCAGUUAAAGCAGUCGCAGCAGCAGAAUACAAAGAGCAAUGUUACUAGUGAUGUAAUCAGAGAAGGUGCUGUUAAAAGCCAAACAACGAAUAGCAGAACAAUAGAUCCGAAGGAGUAUAAUGCCGUGAGAAACGCCAGAGUUGAACCGGCUAGGGCACCUCACAGAGGCAUGGGACAAAGAAAAAACUUCUAUGAUUCGGCUGAUUUCUUUCCUGAGUCUAAACAUACUGUAUCUAUCUACGGUGAAAUUGAGAAGAGGCUAAAAAUGAGAGGAAUCGAUGAACCGUCAAAGGAUCUUGAGACUCUCAAGCAAAUCCUGGAGGCUCUGCAACUUAAAGGUCUUCUACACUCCAAGAAGCAAUCAAACCAAAAAAAUGAAACAAACAUUGUGUAUAACAGGAGUUUCCCAGACGAUGAAUCUCCAAUCAUAGUAAUGAAGCCAGCAAAAUCGAUGCCUCCCUCUCAUACGAGGAACCAGGCUAAAAUAGGCAACGAUUCGCCUCCUUCGAGUUUCAGAGCUAGGCCUGCUGUUCGCCGAGACUCGAACCUUUCCGGCGAAACAUUGCAGGCAAUGAGUCCCAGACGUGAGCGACCGGAGAUUGAACGUAAUAUACGGAUCCAAAACAAAGGUAGGAGUUCGAGUUCGCCUACUCGAAGUGAGAGCAGCGUGAAGAGUGCGAACAGGAGACCUUUGACGGUUGAAACGCAGAGGAGAGCAAGUAGUAAUUCAAUUGAGCAGAGAAGAGCAUCUCCGAUUCAAUCUCCUAAAUUUAGUUCGAGGAGAACCAUACCAGAUCAGACCACAAACCGAUCGCCCAGAAACAAGAAACAAACGGUUGAUAUUUACCAAAAGGAGAAUAUGUUUAUUACUGCGGAGGAUGAAUUAUCCUCCAUUACAGAGACUAGUAUCAGCACGUAUUCUCAGAUUGAUACAGAGAGGUCGAAGGUGGAAGAAUACAAGGAAGGUAGGAAUCUGCUGGAGAGAUGCGAUAAGCUACUUCAUAGCAUAGCUGAAAUGACAGCGACCGAGUUGCAACCGAGUCCAGUAUCGGUGCUUGACUACAAGGAGGAAUCUUCUCCUUCGCCUGUCAUGAAACGGAGCCUUGAUUUCAAAGAUCAUUUAGCUGAACUGGAAGACGAUAUUUGGAGCCCGGCAAUCUCUCCAGUGCAAUUAAAAUCGGAGGGAAAUUCAGACGACUCUGAUUUCAUCUAUAUUUCUGAUGUCAUCAGGGCUUCCAAUUAUUUACCUGAAGACUCUGAUGUCUUUCUGUUGCUAGAAAAGCAACAGUAUUUAAAGGGGAAAGACACAUCUGAAAUCUCUAGACUCCAAAGGAAGCUUAUUUUCGACACAAUCAUGGAAAUUCUCAGUCGGAAGAGGCGAUUGCCUCCCUGGAAGACUAUUACUUGUGCAAGUUCUGCCAGUGGACAAACAAAAUUGCAAGAAAUCUGGUCAGAAUUUCAAAGAAUUCGCGAGAGGGAUGCAUCGGAUGAUUUGUUGGAGAUGAUUUGUGGUAUGCUAAAGAAGGACCUAGCAGGAGACUCAAUCAGUGGAUGGGGAGAUUGCCCCAUUGAGACGUCUGAAGCUGUUCUAGAUAUUGAAAGAUUAAUUUUCAAGGAUUUGAUCGGCGAAACCAUCCGAGAUCUCGCUGCCUUUACUGGGAAAUGCAAUCAGACCCCGUGGACGCGAAGGAAGUUGGUUUUCUGAAAGCGAGGGAGAAAGCGUCCUUUGUUUUUAUUAUUUUAAAGAAUUUCGUAGGCGCGCUUUCCUUCUUCCUUACUUUCGGCUCUUUUAUUUAUUUAUUUAUUUGGGUUUUUUGGGGGAGGGGAGGGCGGGGGUCUUGUUUAACGUUUGAUUUUAAUUUCAUGUUUACCUGAAAACCAGGCAAAUCUAACGUCCAUUUCACCAUUAAUGUGUAAAAAAGUAUUGAAAAUGUUUCGAU